AUGAAAGCUGAAGAAUAAACAGAAGAAUUAAUUCUUUGCCCUUAAGGUUGUGGUAGAAAGUUUAAUAAAGAUAGUUUGCUUAAACAUUAUAAAGUUUGUAAAGAUGUCUUUUAACAAAAAAGAAAUGCUUUCAACUCUUAAUUGAAAAGAGUUGGAUUUGACUAUUUUAUAGAAAAUAAACAAAAGUUACCUUAAUUCUCUCCUGUUAAAACUAAUAAAAUGAAAACUGAAAUACCUACCUACAGAAGUCCAUAAGUUUCUUCUAAAUAUAAUUAAGUUUUAAAUGCAAAAAAAUUCUGUAAAGGAUGCUUAAGAGACUUUGAUUAGAAGAUUGCAGAUGAACACAUUCAAAAAUGCCUCAUAAAAAAUUAAAAGAACAAUCCAUUUACAAAAAAUUUUUGA